UGCCCUAGGGCUGGGACUGAAAUUCAGAAGACCCCCUCUGGGCAAAUGGAGGGGGAAACGGAACUACAUCUCCCACUGUCCUCUGCUGCUCAGCCGGCCAGCACCUGCGCGGUCAGAGCAGAGUCAAAAGGCUAGGGAUCCCGUCCCAGCUUCUCAGCUCGAAGAUGCAGCGCAUUAGGAAUUCGGCUUGGGGACUUUUGGACCUCCUUUGCGCUGGUGCGGCGGGGGUGCGAAGUGGCCGACCCACAGCAACACGACGGCCUCUUAGUUCGGGGCAGGAGCCCUUGAAGAAAACACCCCUGUUUGAUUUCCACCAGAGCCAUGGUGGGAAAAUGGUGCCCUUUGCUGGUUGGAGUCUACCUGUGCAGUACCGGGACAGCCACUUAGAAUCCCACCUGCACACCCGAAGACAUUGUUCCCUAUUUGAUGUAUCCCACAUGCUGCAGACCAAGAUAUUUGGAAAAGAUCGAGUGAAAUUGAUGGAGAGCUUGGUGGUCAGUGACAUUGCUGAACUAAAGCCAAACCAGGGGACACUGACUCUCUUCACCAAUGAAGAAGGAGGUAUCAUAGAUGAUCUGAUUGUGACAAACACCUCUGAUGAUUAUCUGUACGUGGUGUCCAAUGCUGGGUGCCGAGAGAAGGACAUGGCCCUCAUGCAGAACAAGGUAUCAGAACUGAAAAGUGCUGGCUGUGAUGUGAAUCUGGAGGUGAUUAAUAAUGCUUUGAUAGCCCUACAAGGUCCCUCAGCGGCUCAGGUGCUACAGGCUGGGGUGGCCGAUGACCUCCGGAAGCUGACCUUCAUGACCAGUGCCAUGAUGGAUGUCUUUGGAAUACCUGGCUGCCGUGUGACACGCUGCGGUUACACUGGGGAGGAUGGUGUGGAGAUAUCGGUGCCAGCUGAGAAGGCCAUCCACUUGGCAGAAGUGCUGCUGGAGAACAAGGAGGUCAAGCUGGCAGGGCUGGCAGCCAGGGACAGCCUGCGGCUGGAGGCUGGACUGUGCCUGUAUGGGAAUGACAUAGAUGAGCACACCACCCCUGUGGAGGGGAGCCUGAGCUGGACCUUGGGAAAACGCCGCAGGGCUGCCAUGGACUUCCCUGGUGCUGCCAUUGUUAUCCCCCAGAUGAAAGGGAGACUGGCCCGGAAGCGUGUGGGGCUAACUUCUACCGGAGCACCUAUUCGCCAGCACAGCCUCAUCAUGAACACAGAGGGAGCUGUCAUUGGUUGGCUAUUGCAGAGUCCUUGGAUCCUGUCAGAAAGUGGGGAACACUUAUCCAUGCUUCUGGGGAUCUCACAUCCCCUCCAUACAGGGGAAAUCACCAGCGGCUGCCCAUCCCCCUGCCUGAAGAAGAAUGUGGCCAUGGGUUAUGUGGAUGGAGGCUAUAGUAAAAUUGGGACCCCGCUGUUGGUGGAGGUACGGAAGAAGCAGCAGGAGGCAGUGGUCAGCAAGAUGCCCUUUGUGCCCACCCGCUACUAUACCUCGAAAUGACCUGAUCCUCCAAGCGCUUCUUUUCGCCUCCCUUUACGGUUGAAUGGGACACACACCACACAGUUUCUCCUAUUGGUUAGUUAAUGUCCUCCGGAGGGAGGAAAUUAGUAAGUGGAUAAGUGAGCAGCUCUUCCAAGGCCUUCUAGAAAGAUAUAAAUAUAGAUAUCUGGGGCUGGAGAAUAAGAAAUUAAUUGAGGCAGCACAAUGUCAAGGAAAUGGGGUUUGGAGUUAGAGCAUCUGGGUUUAAAUUCUGACUAUGCUACUUGUUCUUGAUGUAAUCUUGGGCAAUUCACUUCUUCUUGAGUCAGUUUCCUCCUUGAUCAAAUGAGGGAUAAUUGUCCCAGCAUCACCUACCUCAUGAACCUAUUGGGAGGACAAAUGAUCCAGAAAUGGGAGCUCUAGUUAUGAUAAAGGCACUCUGGGAGCUAUGGCAAAAAGAUUGAGCACCCAAAGUUGGGGAAGCCACCUUCAGGCAUCCUAGAGGUGGCCAAGGGAUGGCAUGGGCACUGCCUUCCUGCCCACAUGGAAUCUUGCUCUGUGAGUAUUGACAGAGGAGACUUGGUUAAUGUCAGCUGCCAUCUUCCAUGUUUUCUAAACACUCAAUUUUCUGAGCUAGAGGAUGUUCAAUUUUUGGGUAAUGCAAAUUACAGAAUCUCAGAGAGAAUCUAAUCCAAAAUGGUAUCUGAAAUAUGCAUCCUCUCUCUAAUAUUACCAAGCCUUAGACCUCUACUUGAAGACCUCAGUGAGUGGGAGCCCCAUUCACUUUUUGACAACCUUUUGUGUUGAAAAAUUUUUUUUUCAUUAUGUUAAUCCAAAAUCUGCCUCUACAAUGUCUCCCUGAAUCCAUCCUGAUUCUGCCUUUUGAGCCAAGAAGUACAAGUUUAACUGUAGAAUUCAUAGGAUUUAGUGCUUUGACCAUAAUACGUACUUAAUAUUUGCUUAAGGGACUGUAUAGACUAGCUAAUCCAAUCUCUUAAUUUCAUGAUCAAACUGGAGGACAGAGAUUGAUUCUUCUGUCAUGUGAUUUUCCUUCUACUGUUCUUUCUAGUUCUACAACUAAUAGUUUGCCUUUCUGAGCCUAUAUAUAACUUUAUUCAUUGCUUCAACCAAUAUUUCUCAAGCCUGUACUGUGAGCAGAGUUGCUGUGCUCAAGAUAAGUCAAUGGUGUAAGAUUUCUAGACAGAAACAUGCAUUUUCCCCAAAAGAAACAUUUGAGAGAAGCAAUUUGAUAGACUCAGAAGCAAGUCUGAGUGUCCGUGUUUGCCACAGGUAAUUUCAUAGCAUGAAAAAUCUAUACCUGAGCUGAUGAGCUGACAUUCUUACAUGAACUGAGCUAAAUAUAUGGUUACAGUUGCCCUGUAGGAUUAAGGAAAGGUCCAUCCUACAAUACUGUGACAUUCCAAGGCCUAGUCCUGUUCCCUGUGACCACUUUCUGUACUGGAUGAGGUUUGACCAUUUCCUGAUGUUUCCUUAUCACUUCCUUGCAUAAAGAAAUCCUGAUUGUUUCCAGGUCUGUUUAUUUCA